AUGGUUCGUAUAAAGCAGACUGCUCGUAAAUCGACUGGUGGUGCAGCGGCGGCUGCGGCCCAAAUUGCAGCUGCCCAGCAGCAGGCCCAUCUAGCCCGGAAGAGACUUGGAGGAAAAGGAUCAAAGCUUACUGCCCGUAAAACGAUUAAAGAAGAAGGUGCGAAGAAGAAGAAGGAGCGUUAUCGUCCAGGUGCCCUUGCGUUGAAGGAGAUACGUCGCUACCAAAAUUCGACCCAUCUUCUCAUUCCAAAAGUUCGGUUUCAACGACUUGUUCGCGAAAUCUCCAAUGAAUUCAAGUUGAACUUGCAAUUUCAGAGCGGUGCCAUUGGCACCUUGCAAGAGGCUGGUGAGGCUUAUUUGGUGGGCUUAUUCGAAGACACCAAUUUGUGUGCUCUUCAUGCAAGUCGUGUCACCAUCAUGCCGAAAGACAUCCAGUUGGCACGCCGUAUACGAGGAUAGAAGAUCAAAAACCCCUUUACCAAUCUUAAGACUAUUACCAAACAAAAACAACGGCCCUUUUCAGGGCCACCAGUUAAUUCAGAAAGGAAUUG